AUGCCCUUUGGGCUGCGAAAUGCUAUCUCUGUAUUUCAGCGAGCAAUAGUUGAGGCUUUAGGUGAGCUAGUGUACUCUUACGUCAUAGUCUACGUUGAUGACAUUUUAAUUUUGUCAGAUACUGAAGAUGAAGGAUUAGAUAGGUUGAGUACAGUGUUGGAAAUUCUGACGAAGGCCGGGUUUUCACUCAAUUUAAAGAAAUGUUCGUUUUUAAAGACACGUGUGGAAUUCUUGGGUUACGAGGUUGAAGCAGGCGAGAUCAAGCCGAAUAAACGGAAGAUUGAGGCUCUGUCAGGGUUACCACCGCCCGAGUCUAUCACACAGCUAAGGCAAUUCAUAGGCCUGGCAUCGUAUUUUCGUCAAUUCGUUCCGAAUUUUUCACGUUUGAUGACACCCUUACAUAGGCUUACUUCGGGCAAAGGUUCUUUCGUUUGGAAAGAAAAUCACGAGCAGAUUCGUCAGCAGGUCAUUUCUAUUCUUACAAAUGAGCCGGUGUUGACGAUAUUUAAUCCAAAGCAUCCAGCUGAAUUACAUACGGACGCGAGUGCAGACGGUUAUGGCGCAAUGUUGUUGCAGGAGGUCGAUGGUAAGCGACGUGUAGUGGGUUACUACAGUAAGCGAACCUCCCCUGCAGAGUCCAACUACCAUUCCUACGAACUGGAAACUCUGGCUGUGGUUAACGGGAUAAAACAUUUCAGAUCUUAUUUGCAUGGGGGGAAGUUUACUGUGGUUACCGACUGUAACUCUCUCAAGUCUUCGCGAGACAAAGUCGACCUCACCCCUCGCGUACAUCGAUGGUGGUGUUUUCUUCAGUCUUUCGACUUCGAUGUUGUUUAUAGAGCAGGAAAGCAGAUGAGUCACGUCGAUUUUCUCUCCCGCAAUCCCUUGCCUGUUGUUUGUGAGCCAGUCCAGAAACAGACUACUAAGGUAAAUGAAAGGCACGUUAAUCUAGCCGAGCUUUCCGAAAACUGGCUUCUGGCAGAGCAGCAGCGAGAUGUGGAAAUUCAGAAACUUAAAACAGCGUUUACUGAGGGAGAGUUGGAGAAUGACAUUGCGAAGACAUACGAGGUACGCAAAGGCGUGCUUUAUCGCAAAAUUCAGCGCAAUGGGCGCACUAAGUGCUUACCUAUCGUACCUAGAGCUCUGAGGUUUUCCGUUGUUACCAAUGUGCAUGACUCCAUCAUCCAUUUAGGUUGGGAAAAAACGCUAGAAAAACUUUAUGACUACUAUUGGUUUGAAGGAAUGUCACGGUAUGUUCGAAAGGUUUUGAAUAAUUGCGUCACUUGUAAAGUAUCAAAAAAAAGGUCAGGUCGAGUUCCAGCUGAGCUUCACCCCAUACCCAAAGUCACUAUCCCAUGGCACACAGUGCACAUAGACGCGACGGGAAAACUUAGUGGCAAAAGUGAUAACAAGGAGUAUGUUUUCGUAAUUAUCGACGCUUUCACAAAAUUUGUUGUUCUUCACCACACGACUAAUAUUGACUCUAAAAGUAGUAUUAAAGCGGUGAAAAACAGCGUUUCACUUUUUGGUGCUCCAGAACGCAUCAUUGCAGAUCAGGGACGUUGUUUUGCUAGUCGUGAGUUUAGAGAGUUCUGCGAUAGUAAAAAGAUUUCUCUUCAUUUAAUAGCAACUGGAUCUUCGCGAGCUAACGGGCAGGUAGAGCGCGUCAUGAGCACACUGAAAUCAAUGUUAACUGCCAUAGAGCUCAGCGAUGACCGGUCAUGGCAAGAUUCGCUAGAGGACGUUCAACUUGCCUUAAAUUGUACGGUUAAUAGGGUCACUCAAGCGAGUCCACUCGAGUUGUUGAUAGGGAAGGUAGCGCGCCCCUUAGAAUUGAUGGCAACCGAUGACGCUCCCGUGGUAGAUAUUUCGGAGGUUAGAAAUCACGCAGCACAAGAGAUAGAGAAAUCUGCCCAGUAUGAUAAGUCGCGUUUCGAUGCUACAAAAGCCAAAUUUAAGAGAUUUUCGGUUGGAGAGUACGUAUUGAUAGAGAACGAAGAACGUAACCAGACUAAGUUAGAUGCCAAGUUUAAAGGUCCGUUUGUUGUAACUGAGGUUCUAGAUAGAGAUAGGUAUACUCUAAAGUCUUUAACUUCUAAACGUAGCUAUAAGUAUGCUCACGAUAGACUGAGGAAGAUGCCGGACAGUCAAGUACCAUCUGAUGUAGAAAAUGUAGAGAGUGAAGUAGAGUGCGAGGGUCUCAGUUCGGCUGGUCAGACCGUACCAGAGUCUUCAUCGUAG